UAAUAAUUAUUUAAUUUUUGUACAUAUAUUUCAUUAAUCAAUAAAUGUUAUUACAUACUAUGAAAAUGUUCAUUUUUUAUUUAAAGUUAAAAAAAUGAUUGUUUUUUUAGCCUGUAAGGUUUCUGAUGCUUCAGAUGUCUGCUGUGUAUCUUAACCUCAAAGUUUGUUGUCAAAAUACACCAUACAACGAUUUAUUUUAGUAAAUAAAUUAAUAAAAAAUAUGGAAAUAUUAAUUGCAAACGUGGAACAUAUGAAAUUUGAUAUAGAAACCGCAUUAAAUGUUCAGUAUGGAGCCCUCCCACUGCCUUUUCCUGGCAUGGACAAAUCCACAGCAGCGGUUUGUCAAUUUUACAAUGCUAAGCAAGGCCCUGAGUGUGACAAAGGAUCAUCGUGCCCUUUUCGACACAUUCGUGGCGAUAGAACAAUUGUUUGUAAACAUUGGCUUCGAGGCCUCUGCAAGAAAGGGGAUCAAUGUGAAUUUCUUCAUGAAUAUGACAUGUCAAAAAUGCCAGAGUGUUAUUUCUACUCUAGAUUUAACGCUUGUCACAAUAAGGAAUGUCCUUUCCUUCACAUAGAUCCUGAAAGUAAAAUUAAAGAUUGUCCCUGGUACGAUAGAGGUUUUUGUAGGCAUGGACCUCACUGUCGACACAGACAUGUACGAAGAGUAUUAUGUACAAACUAUUUAGCUGGAUUGUGUCCAGCUGGUCCGAACUGUAAACAUAUGCAUCCAAGAUUUGAAUUACCUGCACCGCCAGAACCAUCAAAAGAUGUGAAGAGGCCACCUGUUUGCCAUUUCUGUGGAGAACUUGGACAUAAAGCUACAUAUUGCGCAAAAAUUCCUGCUGAGCAACGUGAAGCAGCAAUUCGACAAGAAGAAGCCAAGUUCCGUGCUUUAGGUUACUUUAAACCCCAAAGAUCUAAUGCAGCCGGUGAUGUACAAACAUCUGCUUCUAAUGAUGAUGUCCAAUUAAUAAAUAGAGGUCCUCCAAAACCAUUAGAAGAAGUUACUUGCUAUAAAUGUGGAAGUAAGGGACACUAUGCAAAUAAAUGCCCCAAAGGCCAUUUGGCCUUUUUAUCACAUUCGCAAAGUAAUCAAAUUGCUCCAACAAAUUCAUUUCGGAGAUAGGGCUAGCUAUCAUUUACUCAAUAUGAUUAGAUGUAUGUUUAAUUCAACAUUAACUAGUUUCAAUAAAUUUUUAUUUAUUA